AUGGAGGGAAAGGAAGAAACAUCUUCGUCCUCCAGAAAAAUGCAAACCCGUUCUGGACCUCUAAAAGAUAAUGCUGGCAAGAGGAGCCGUUGUGAUACAGAGGAUGACUCUUCUGGUACUGUGCAAAUGGCCCCCACUGCCAAACUCCAGAAGCACAAACAUGACCUGGAGCUGGCUAAAAUGAAAAUAACUUGUCAGGAAGACUUGAUCAAAGAGCUAACCAAGGAGAUAGACUUUUUAAAAGACCAGCUGUCUCAGAUCUUUACUUUGUCCUAUUUAACCUGUGACAAUUACAUAACGACUCUCAUGCUGCUGUACAGUGCUGAGUCCAUAUCAAGAAAUGUGAGAAACCCAUCCCCUGAAGCAUCCACAUCACAUGCUAAUUUUUCUGCAUCCUCCAAGUCAAGCUCAGAGUCUACCGACCCAUCCACAGACACUUCAGACUCAUCAGUCUCCUCAAGUUCCUCUACUUCUGAUGAUAGGAGGAAGAGGAAGAAGAAGAACACAAAGAAGAAGAAGGGGAAGAAAGGAACAAGGGAGAGACGAAGCAAACGGAGCAGUAUUUUAAGAGCUCGUGGACCAGAUGAGGUAAUUGCACGUUACUGGAAGGUGUUGAAGGCCUAUAAGAAGAAGAAGAGCAUCACUGCUGCUUGCAAAAUAGUGGGAGUAGAUCGCAACACAAUUACACUGAAUGCACCAAUUGCAGAGCCUUCCAUUGCUGCCCCUGAGAAGUUCGCUGAAUUCAAAGAAGAGCAUUCCACAAAGCAGAAGCUUGGUGAUUUUGCUGGGAAAUAUUUGGAUGGCAUCCGUGACAACCCAGAUAUUGAGCGUAAAGUGCAGGCACUUAAGAAGGCAAGGCAACUGUUGCCUGUUGGAAAGGGGGACUUUUGA